CUCUCUCAGCGGGAUGGAAGAGUAUCACCACAUAUACAUGAUCCGUACGCUUCCAACAGAGAUAAUGUGUCACAAUAGUACAUAUGAUCAUAUGGCACCUCUUACUCGGAGGAACGGGAAUACAAGAAGUAUAAAAUAACAAACAUAUCGUCACCUGAGAUACUUUUUUCUAGACCCAAUAAUUGUACAUAAGUGCGUGUUCCUACAGAAUAUCGUAGUAAUAGUAAAGAGUAAAUAUAAAAAGAGAGACAGAGGCAAGGGUACGGAGGGGCAAGGAAGUGGCGGAGGUGGAGAGCAGAGAGGAUGGUUGAGCGACUGGCUGAGAAAGCGGCCAGACCUCUCCGGGUGAACAACAAAGUUACGGUGCAAAGUAUUAUUAUGUAACUGGUUCAAAUUCAUGUGACUUGUGAUAUAUCUUGCAGUGAAAAUUAGUGCAAAUGAUUAACGUGUGUGGCAUUUUCUUCUGAUCAUUCAUGAAUUAAGUUAGUAGACAUGUUUACUGCGAAAAAGUUCUUGAUAUCAUUAGUAAUAUUCACAGUGUUGUUAUACAUAAAUAUUAAUCUAACCAAAGUUACCAAAACUAAAAUCAUUGAGUACUACAAUGAUAUAAUGAAAGAAAGACAGUCGAGUGAAUGCUUUGACAGUUUUAUCAAAAUUAAACCGACGUUGAGACAGAAUAGAAAAUCUUUCAACAAAACCCAAGAUGAGCUUUUGUCAGUUGAUAUGAAGCUGACGACUGUCGCUCCCAAGGCUCCAGACGAGAUCGUGACACUAAGAAAAGAUGUUGAAGUUGUGUUUCCAAGCUUAAAUAACUGUUCCAUGCAAGAUUACAAACGACAAGUGAAGAGCAAACAUUUUAAGUCCAGGGCGUUCCUCUAUCCCUGUAAGAAGUGGCAGGAGCCGAAUCCAGGCGCCCUUUGGCCCAUGGUGGUGCCGCCAACCAAUGGCUCCGUCCUCAGGACGCUCCCCGUCCGUCACCAGGAUCCUGAGGUGGAGAGGCUUCUACAGCAGCAGGCGGCGGUACAGGCGGAUCGCGUGAGGCUCCUCACCGACACCUGCCUCCGUCAUCCGGAGCUGGCAACGAGGAGGCACUUCAAGAUAGUGUGGGACACCUCCAGGACGCCACCGCUCGUCUACUGUCCUAUCUACAAAGUGGCAUCCACUACUUGGUCAGUAUACUUCUUGCGUCUGGCUCACGUGAAACAAGGUGAAAAAAGCAAAAUGAAAAAAAUGGGAGACGUUCACACCCUGAUGAAUGACAAAUAUCCUCCACCAAAGACGAAUGAAGAGAAGAAUGCUUUGUUCCCCAAGUCCUUACGUUUCAUCACAGUGCGGCAUCCAUUUACCAGACUGCUCUCAGCUUAUAGGGACAAAAUCGAGAAUGUGAGUCCAAGACCUUUCCAGCCAUAUUUUCUUGACCUGCAACAAGCAAUAAUAAAAAACUACAGAGCAUCGCAAAGCAAUAAUACCAAACGGACUCCAACAUUCCCUGAGUUUGUUCAGUAUGUGAUUGACAUCACAGAAAAUUUCACAACAGAAAAAGAUUGGGUAGAACAUGUUGUGUGUUGGACACCUUACUGGGUGCAGUGUGCCAUCUGCUCCUCUGAUUUUCAAGUUGUCAUCAAGUUGGAGACCAUGGAUACCGAUGUACAGUUCCUGGCUGAAGUUGCUCAACUAAGAGAAAUUCAAAAUGUACAAGAGUGGUUGAAUCAGAAUAAUAGUCAUGGCUCAUCAUCUACAGUGAUUCCAGAUUACUUUGGACAGCUAACAAAAAAACAAAUCCAGUUGCUGUACCAGAGAUACAAAUUAGACUUUGAUUUAUUUGGAUAUUCAAUUAAAGAAUAUCUUAGUUAUGGUAGGAUUUAAACAAUAGGAAGUGAACAAUCCCAUGGUUGGAGCACCUCCAUAGUGUAUACUGUGUAUACUGUAGUGUAAUGCGUGUUGAGGGCAUGGCAGAGAGUGAUUAUAACUUGCAUGGUUUUCUGAAGAACACUCAAGAAAGUUAUAUUGUUGUUAAGAGGUAUUUCAGGGACUUAUAUACACAGGCUUGUGUGGAGGCUACUAGAUGUGUAGCCAGGUAUGCCACAGAUGGGAAAGACCACACACAGGAUCUUUCAAAAUGAUGAUGAUGAUGAUGAUAGUAAACAUUGAUGGUCUUAGGUUUACUCCUUGGGUACAAUGAUGCUGUAAUGUGCUGUGACACCACAAUUUUCUGUGGAUGUUGAGCAGCACAGAACAAUACAAACCUUUUUGUAAUCUCUGCAUUGGUCUCAGCCAAUGGGAUUCAAUUAACAUCAAAAUAAGCAAGACAUUUUUAAUUGCUAACAAACUGUCUGGGUGAUAAAUGCAAGAUACAUUUCACCAGAGUUGGUUAUAUAUUUACAUAAACAAUAUAUUAGAUUCACAGCA